AUGUGGAAGUACUUCUACAGUGCCAGUACAUAUAAAUGGUUGGACGUCCUUCAAGACUUAACUGAUAAUUACAACAGUUCAGUGAACAGAUCAAUUAAAACAACACCGGACAGUGUAAAUGAUUCCAACUGGACUGAAGUAUGGAAGACACUUUUUAGUCACAAUUUAGGCAAGCCGUCAGAACCAAAGUUUGCUGUCGGAGAAAGUGUUAGAAUUUCAAAGUACAAAUCAGUGUUCACAAAAGGAUAUGAAGAAAAUUUCACAGAGGAGUUAUUUACGGUGACGGAAGUGUAUCACGGCCAUCCAAACACGUACACAAUAGAAGACAGUGCUGGUGAAGCAAUAAUUGGCAGAUUCUAUGAACAAGAACUAUAUAGCGCUGAAGGAAGAGAACCUGAUUUUAAGAUAGAGAAAGUACUAAGAAGAAAAACGGUGAAGGGUAAAAAGAUGGCCCUAGUUAAGUGGUUAGGUUAUGAUGACAAAUUUAACAGUUGGAUACCAGCUGGAGACAUCAAGUCCCUAACAUAA